AUGGAUCCCUUUUCCUGCAUGGCCCCUGAUAUCCUUCAGUUUCUCCAGGAAAUGUUGGAGGCAGACAAGUCUCCCUCAACUUUGAGGGGGAUGGUGGCAGCCAUAAAGGCAGCCAGUGAGGCCAUCCGUCUCCCCAUGGGAUUUGGAGAUGGUUCUGCCAGCCUUGCAGCAUGGGCUAUUCGAGCCUCUGGAAACGGUUUAGCUGAGAUGGCUUUCCCUCAAGACAGCAUUCUUAUUGGGUAUUGUGUCGGCAAAAAGGGCGGGGCUACAGACCAGCUCGUUGUCUGCUACAGGACUGACACUCUUGGGCAACCAGUCUCCAAGGGUAGCCUGUCUCAUUGGGUUGUAGAGGCAAUCCAACAGGCAUAUAAGGAGGCAGGUAUAACAGAUAUGAUACUAACACAGCCGACUGUGAUGGCAAAACUAGGAGAAGAUGCCACUCUCAGCUGUCAGGUCAUGGAUCUUCAGGAUUUCAUUCAGGCCACCUGGAAGAAAGUGUUGCCUGAUGGGAGGAGGAUUAAUAUUGCCAAUGACCACAGAACUGCUGGACCAACAGUCGUUGCUAGUUUUAAGGGGAAAGUGGUGUUUAAAGAAACUGGAUUGAAGAAAUCCACCAUAGCUAUCAGGAGGCUGACGCAGCAAGAUGUAAGAUGCUAUGUUUGUCAGUAUACCUCUCUGCAUACUGGUAGUUUUCAGGAAGGCACAACCUGCAUCCAACUCUAUGAGCUGCAUGAACCCAUUCUACAAAUCAGAGAAUCAAACUCGACGGAAGAGACAGUUGUGUCCUGCUCGGCCACAGGUCGUCCUGCUCCCACAGUCACUCUGAAUGUCCCACAACAAGACCUCUACUUCACUAACAGCAGAACAGUCAGUGUCACCAACGCCAACGGUACAGUCACUGUCACCACUACAGCUGUGUUGCCUGAUUUCCAUGGAAACGACAUACAAGUUCGAUGUACAGCACGACUGAUCUCAGGCCCUGAAAUUCAGGUGUUUAAGACGAUUCCUGGUCUAACAGAUGUGAUACUAACACAGCCGACUGUGUGGGCAAAACUAGGAGAAGAUGCCCAUCUCAGCUGUCAGGUCAUGCAGUAUAAAGAUGUUCUUCAGGUCACCUGGCAGAAACUUUCACCUGAGGGGAAGAAGAAGAAUCUUGGCAACUACAACAAAUACUCUGGACAAACAGUGAAUCCUGGUUUUCAGGGGAAAGUGGAGUUUAAAGAUGCUGGACUGCAGAACUGCUCCAUAGUUAUUAAGAAGGCGGUGGAGCAGGAUGAAAGCUGCUAUCUCUGUCGGUUUAGCUCUCUGUAUUCAGGUGGUUCUCUGAAAGGCAGAACUUGCCUCCAAGUCUAUGAGCUGCAUGAACCCAUUCUACAAAUCAGAGAAUCAAACUCUACUGAAGAGAUGGUUGUGUCUUGCUCGGCCACAGGUCGUCCUGCUCCCACAGUCACUCUGAAUGUCCCACAACAAGACCUCUACUUCUCUAACAGCAGCACAGUCAGUGUCACCAACGCCAACGGUACAGUCACUGUCACCACUACAGCUAUGCUGUCUGUUUUCGGUGGAAAUGACACACUAGUUGGAUGUACAGCACGACUGCUUUCAGUUGCUGAAAUUCAGGUGUUUAAGACGAUUCCUGCAAUCAAAACACCUGCUGAUGGUUUUAAUGAAGAAUCUGGAUCUAAUUAG